UGCAAAAAGAUCAAACAUGUGCGCCAAGGUCGUCACAGAAACGUCAAAAUAGGAUAGUGCGAGUCGCAAAUUCAUAACAUUCUGUUUGUUUUUUCGGGGAUUUCGACGCAAAUUUUAUAAAAUUAUUGAGUGAUUGACACCACACGCAAUGACCGAGCUGGAAAAUAUCAAUCCCCAUGUUUACCGCAAGUGCGAAGAUCGAAGGCUGACGAAAGAUGACGAGAACGACGACGUCGUAGAUCCCUUCGAUGAGCGGGAAAUUUUCGAUCUCAUCCGCAACAUCAACGAUCCGGAGCAUCCGCUGACCCUGGAAGAGCUGCACGUCCUAGAGCAGAGCCUCAUCAAGGUGGACAAUGAAAAGAGCACGGUCAAGGUGCUGUUCACUCCGACGAUACCGCACUGCAGUAUGGCAACGUUGAUUGGGCUGUCGAUUCGGGUCAAGUUGCUGCGUGCGUUGCCACCGCGCUUCAAAGUGUCCGUUGAAAUCAAUCCGGGAACGCACGCUUCGGAAAAUGCCGUCAAUAAGCAGCUGGCGGACAAGGAACGGGUCGCAGCCGCGCUGGAGAACUCUCACCUGAUUGAGGUCAUCAAUCAGUGCAUUGCCGUUCCGAUGGAGUAAGAGGGUGAUAGGGUAAAGAGUUCUGUUAAGAGCUGUGACUGUUUUUUAAGAACAAUAAACUACAUUUUUAUUUAA